AUGUGCUUCACAGAAAGAAAAAGUUUAGUAAGGUUUCUGGUCCUGUAUUUGUCUCUGGCCAUAACUAUCUCAUCGGGAGCCACUACCAUAUCUGCAAACCAGUCUCUGUCUGGAGACUAUACAAUCAUAUCCAAAGGUGAACAAUUCGAGCUCGGUUUCUUCAAAGCAGGCAACUCCUCCAAGUAUUACAUAGGCAUCUGGUAUAAAAAGCUCUAUUCCAAUCCUCCUACCAUUGUUUGGGUAGCAAACAGAGAAACACCCAUCUCUGAUAGAUUCCGUUCAGAAUUAAAAAUCGUUGAUGGUAAUUUGGUGCUCUUGAAUGAGUCCAAGUCCCAGAUUUGGUCCACAAAUGUCUCCACCACCACCACUUUGAAGUCUGCAAUAGCUGUUCUUCAUGAUGAUGGUAACUUAGCUUUGAGUGACAGCUCAAAUUCAGUUGAACCUAUUUGGCAAAGUUUUGAUCACCCAACACAUACUUGGUUGCCUGGUGCUAAAUUUGGUUAUGACAAUAGAGUGAAAAGGAGCCAGCUUCUAACGUCAUGGAGAAGCAAUGAAGAUCCUGCUGUAGGGCUCUUUUCUUUGGAGUUCGACCCGAAUAGUAUAAAUUAUGUGAGCAAGUGGAAUGGCUCCCAAGAAUAUUGGACAACUGGGCCUUGGAAGGAGCAAGUUUAUAACUUCACACCUGAAUUGAUCAGGCUAAAUUCCAUUUAUAAUUUCAGCUACUAUAGAAAUGAGAAUGGGAGUUACAUCACUUAUUCUCCCACCAUGAUAGCUAGAUUUGUAAUGGAUGUUUCUGGUCAACUUCAGCAGCAAUCAUGGUUGGAAACUACCAAAGGGUGGAAUACACUUUGGUCUCAACCUAGAAUGCAGUGUGGGGUCUAUGCUUUGUGCGGGGCUUUUGGUACUUGCAGGCAGACUGAACUCCAUUUCUGUAGUUGCUUGAUUGGCUUCAAGCCUAGAUCCGAGAAUGAUUGGAAUCAGGGUGAUUUCUCUGGUGGGUGUGAGAGAAAAACCGAUUUGCGAUGUGGGGGAAACGUGGAAAAGUCUGAUUUUCUAAUGGUUACAGUCAGGAGCUUGCCUCCAAAUAAUUCUGUAGCAGUUGGGACUGCUGGAAUAUGCCGUACAACUUGUUUAAGCGAUUGUUCCUGUAAUGCUUACUCUUUUAUCAAUAAUCAAUGUUCAGUUUGGGAUGGAGAUCUCUUGAACCUAUCAGAAGACAAUGCUAGUGGGAACACAAUCUAUGUUAAAGUUGCUUCAAAAGAGAUUCCACAUCGUAAAAAGAAUAAUUUUGAUACCGUGGGGGUUGUUGUCGGGUCGGUUGCAGAUGUGAGCAUGCCUCCGAUUCCCCAAAUUGCGGCUUUAUUUGUUGAGGACAUGGGGGAUGACGCGUUCUUCACCGAUUCACCUUCAAGCGGGUGCAGACUAGUCCAUAGCAAAUUUCACCGGUGGUGA